AUGUCUCAAACAUCUAUCAUCUUAUCAUGUGUUCUAAUCAGUAUAUUUCUAACAAAUCUUUGUUGGGCAAGUUUAUUAUUAGUUGAUCGUAAAAAUCCGUGUCGUGCUUAUGGAAAUGCAUCAGUCUAUGAUAUAACAAAUCUUGUCAAAACGUGGCCUGUUACUCUUAAAGGAACUGGUUUUGAUGGUAGAGAAUAUAUUUAUUGGUGGAGUUGUGCUGGCAAAACACGACAAUGUGAAGACACAGACACUGCUAUAUGUCAACAACGAAUAGAUGAACCUGUGCUGCGAUUUAAUGCAGGUAAUGUCUCUCCACAAUUAUGGUUUGGUUUAUUUAAUGGUGCUGUAGUUCAAAACAAUCUUACAUGGGAUAUCAUAUAUCCAAAUCUUCAAUCAGAUCCAUCACUUAUUGAUGGUACCGGUAUUCGAGUUACAGUUGUACAUUUUAUAGUUGAUCCAAAUAUUGAGAAACCUCUAUUGACAAUGAAUGGUGAAAAUAAGUAUACAGAAUAUUCAAUUACAGUUCGUGGUAAAUGUAUUGGACAACCUGCAAUCAAUCGAACGAGUUUUAUACAAGGAUAUUGUGAUCCACAAACGGGACAAAUUGUACCUGCAUUAAUCCCAAUAACAAAUGGAUUAAUUUGCGUAUCAUGUGAUGGUUCAACUAAUUCUGGUUGUAAUGAUCCAUAUAAUCCAAGCACAUCAGGAGAUCUUCCAGUUCCCUACAAUACCUAUUGUGCAAAAGUAGUAUAUUCAACUUAUGUUGAACGUAUAGCAGGUGGUCGAUCUUGUACGUCUGGUCAUAGUGGAGACAGUAUUGUCUAUUGUUGUUCAAAUAAAGAUUAUUGCAAUGGAACAACGAGACAUAUCUCAUCGAUAACUAUUACUUUAACCUUGGUAACCUUUUUGAUGAUUCUGAAAGGAAUAAUGUUAUUCUGA